AGGCUGCUAUUAAUACCUCACCUACACUCAUUUACUCUACUUCUUAUUUUUUUCAAUCUGAAAAACUCCCAAAAAAUACUCCCAAUAUUUAUGUUGAUGUAAAUCCCUCAGAAAAAAUUCAUCAUAGGGAUGGAUAUUGGGCAGAGGCAAACCAAACACUUGAAUAGCAGCAUCAAGUACAAUAUGGUGCAGUUUCUACUCAAGCACAACCAUGAUGGAAUGCUCGCAAGAGGGGAUGUUAUGGAGGCAGCCGAGACAUUUGAAGACUGCUUGAAGGACAAUGGUGCUUAUAAAUCAGAGAAGCACAAGAUGUUGUUGUCUUUGGCAGAAUCUGGUUCAUUGUCAGAGAAAGAGACAAAAUUGCUUGCCUUGGCAAAUAUGGGAUAUGCUCUGGAAGAUGCGGAAAUUGCUAUGGAAAGAUCUUGUGCGUACACAAAUGUGCUAACUAUUGUUUCUCUAUUUUGGGGCACGAUCUGUGAUGGAAAUUCGUUUCCAUUUCAUUUUUUUCUGAACAACCUUUUUUUGGAACUUACUUAAUUUUCUGAAUAUUUUUCCUUUAAUUGUGGUGGUAUACAAAUUUGUACAUGUAACUUUUACCUUGUCUCACAAUAGUAUCACCACCACUGGGUCA